AUGAAAAGAAUAAAUGGGAAAUGGUCUGGUAGCGUCCCAAAUGAGCGAAUUAAAGAGAUUAUUCCAGAGCUGAGGAAAUAUGCUGCCCAGAGAAUUGGUGGAAGUGAAACAAUUCGGUGUUUAAGAGAUUCUCUGAAAGAGGUUGGUCUAAAAGAAAAAAAGAGAAAUACUCCAUACAGACAUCAAAAAGUAGUUAAAACAAGAGAAGCCAUAGAGAUAGUCAAGACAAGAGAAAAUCUCAGAGAGCAAGGUAUAAUUCUUAAGAAAAAGAAGGAAACCAAACAGGAGAAGAUAGAAGCAAUGAAGAAAAAAAGAAAGUAUAACUAAAUAAGAAUCUGCCUUUGUGAUACAUGAAAUACCAGAUUACACUACUAUAUAUUGAGUAAUUCUAAAUAUUGCUGUAUAAAUAGACUAAAUACAACAAGAAAUAUUCUUUUUAUAAUAAAAGAAUAAGUCUCC